AGGGGAAGGGAGGGCUGCCGUGCAGUAGGAACUGUGCAGACACACACACACAGGGAUCCAGGGACAGCAGCCCCUUGCACUGGGAUCUAGAGCCACAGCGCCAAAGAGAGUUGAAGGAAAACACUCAUCUAACGCAACACAAUGGCAGAAAAAAUUAAAGAUGCCAAGAUCAUCUUUGUUGUCGGUGGGCCUGGCUCUGGAAAGGGCACCCAGUGUGAGAAGGUAGUUGCAAAGUAUGGCUACACCCACCUGUCAUCUGGGGAUCUGCUCCGUGCUGAGGUGUCUUCUGGCUCUGAGAGGGGCAAGCAGCUCCAGGCCAUCAUGCAGAAGGGAGAGCUUGUCCCCCUGGACACAGUCUUAGACAUGAUUAAGGAUGCCAUGAUCGCCAAGGCUGAUGUCUCCAAGGGCUACCUUAUUGAUGGCUACCCCCGUGAGGUGAAGCAGGGCGAGGAGUUUGAGAAAAAGAUCGGCAAACCCUGCCUGCUGCUGUACGUUGAUGCAAAAGGAGAGACCAUGGUCAAGAGGCUUUUGAAGCGUGGUGAGACAAGUGGCCGUUCUGAUGACAAUGAGGAGACCAUCAAGAAGCGCCUGGACUUGUAUUACAAAGCAACUGAGCCAGUCAUUGCCUUUUACGAGAGCCGGGGCAUUGUCAGGAAGGUUGACUCUGAGCUGCCAGUGGAUGAGGUCUUCAGCCAAGUUUCCAAGGCUAUUGAUGCACUGAAGUAAAACAACAUGACUAGAUAAACUGU